AUGAAAUUAUUAGCUUCCACUUUAAGUACUUGGUCCAAGAAGGAAUAUGGCAAUAUUUUCUCUAAUGUUAUUAAUUUUGAGGAGCAAGUCAAAGCUGCUGAAGAAGAUGUCAUACAUCAAAACACUGAAGAAAAUAGAUCCAAGCUUCAUCUUAUUAAUGCUCAAUAUAUCAAGUAUCUUAAAUUGGAAGCUUCCAUCCUCAAACAGAAAACUCAACUCCAAUGGUUCAAGGAAGGAGAUACUAAUUCUAAAUAUUUAUACUCCAUAAUGAGGGGUAGGAGGAGAAAGCUAUUCAUCCACAAGAUCUGUACUGCUGAAGAUACUUGGAUACAAGGGGAAGAAAACAUUGCUAAGGUUUCCUAUGACUACUUCCAAAACAUGUUCUCAGGUCAUGAUGACAGGAUCAGGGAAGAAAUUCUUCACUGCAUCCCUAGAAUGGUAACAGAAGAACAAAAUCAGACACUCCACCAGAUGCCUACUCAGGAAGAAUUGACUCAAGUCGUGUUCUCCAUGAACCCAAAUUCUGCUGCUGGUCCAGAUGGUUUUGGAGGAAAAUUUUAUCAACAUUGCUAG